UCACGUACGUACGUUACGUCACUACGCACCAUCAGCUGUUGACACGCUGAAGCGCAGCAAUUUCGACCUCCGGGGCGUUGUGCGUGUAGACUUUGCUCUUAUUGUGGCUGUUUUAAAACGCGCAUGCUGUUUGCAAACGGCCUGCUAACAAAGCAUAUGCUGCCAUGAGUGCUUUGUGCCGUCUCAUCCACAGAGGACUACUGAGCGGCCGGUCGUCAUUUCGUUUAUUCCCCGGACAGCAGGAUGUGUGCGGGGUGGCUCCCUGCCUCCGGACCGCCAGCUCAUGCAGCCCACUCAACUUGACCUAUGAUGUCUUGGAUGGGAAGGGAGAGAGUACUCCCCUGGUGUUUCUCCAUGGGCUCUUUGGCAGCAAAUCUAACUUUCACUCAAUCGCGAAGUCCUUGGUGCAGCGCACAGGUCGAAAGGUGCUGACUGUAGAUGCCCGUAACCAUGGCAACAGCCCUCACAGUCCAAUGCUGACCUAUGAUGCGAUGGUCGGUGAUUUGAAACACCUCCUCGCUCAGCUACACAUCGAGAAGUGUGUCCUCAUCGGCCAUAGCAUGGGAGGAAAGACAGCCAUGAUGACUGCUCUGACCCAGCCGAGUUUAGUGGAGAGGUUGGUGGUAGUGGAUAUCAGUCCAGCCCAGUCCAGUACACGCACCAACUUCCACCGUUACAUCAAGGCCAUGCAGGAGGUGAAAAUCUCCAGUGAUAUCCCACGCUCCACCGCUAGGCGAAUGGCUGAGGAUCAGCUGCGCACUUUGGUCAAGGAGCACUCGGUACGUCAGUUCUUGCUGACCAACCUGGUGGAGCUGAACGGACACUACGGCUGGAGGGUCAACUUGGAAGCCAUCUCGGCUAACCUUGAUGACCUCAUUAGUUUCCCCAGCUUUAACACCGUCUAUGAGGGACCUACGCUGUUUUUGGGUGGAACCAGUUCGGCCUAUAUCAGCUCCGAAGAUUACCCAGAAAUCCAGAGGCUGUUCCCCAACGCCGAUAUCCAGUACAUACCAGAUGCAAGCCACUGGAUCCACGCAGACAAACCCUUAGAUUUCAUCAGCUCCAUCAUCUCCUUCCUUCACUCCUAGCUGCCUCCUGUUGACACCUCAGUACAUCUGCGUGCUCAGCUCCUCUGAGCAGCCCCUCCCCGAAGAGGAAGGUGAGAAUUCAGCGGUUUGAGUAAGAACGAAUGGAGUCAUUAAUGAAGCUAAUAUCUGUCAACACCGGACCAAUCUCACCCUUUUACAGUCAUCUCUUAACAGUGUCGCACUUAGUGUAGAGUAGUGUAGUGUAGGUGAAUUUUAGUUUUGUUUCUCUGCCAGACAGAUAGUGUAACUAGACCGGCAGGUUUCCUGAUGUGUUUUCAUUCAUUUUUAGGUUGGUAGGUAGUCAAUAGCAUUGAAUAUAUCUCCAGUUUAACCUAACCAGCUUUUAUGGGGGCAAUGUACUAAUCCAAAGAAAUUUGCACAGUGUUCUUUAUGUAGAUACAUUUAUGCCAGUAUAAUAGAAACACGGCUUAAUGCCAAGUACAAUCUGGGACUGCUGAGGUGGACCAGCAGUCUUAUGGAGGGAUAUAAAAGUUCUGACAGCACUAGAAUGAAACAAAUACUGUAAAAUAUGAGAGGCUCCUCUUGUAGAGACAUGAAGAAUGUGGAAAGCAGAACCAGUUUAUUGUCAGGACACUCCUGCUCUGCACGGAGGCUGUAACACAGACUGUGUGUGAACAGAUGUUUUGAUGUAGGACUUGACAGUGGUUGUACAUUGAGUAUUUUGGUCUGGGACUUUUAAUUUCGACAUCCUCUCCUCUGUGUGUCGGAGGUGAUUGUACUGAUCGGUUGUGCCGUCACAACUCGAGGUCACUGAGAGCGCUGGUUUUAUUUUUAUGCCAACAUAAUUGGUCUAUGACAGCUAAGCUGAAACACUCAAUGCAGCAUUGUCACAACCUGUUUCCUGAAUAUCUCAGGUUAUGACUGGAUAUAAUAAUUAUAUUCUACUCUUGUACUACUUCUGUGUCUGUUGGGCCAUAAGCCUUGGUAACGUCGUGGUGUCUGUAUUCGCUCAGUCCAGUCAGUGUUUUGAUGAAAGAUGUUUUAACGAUUAUCUGUAUCUCACUUAUCUAUACAAGUGCGGCGCAAAGUUAUGUGGGUAUUUCACAGUUAUAUGCUGCAACAAUGUACGUUAUCUAAUUGUAACAGUCAUGUUGUUUCUGUGUCCAUGGGGUUGAACAGUACAGUCCAGUAGUGAAACUGCCAUCAGUGUGAAUAAGCAGGGUGUUGUGAAUUUCUAUGUGCCUCUUUUGUCAAGAGCUUCUUUUCCAUUUCUGUACAACCUGAUAUAAAAACCUUUUACCCUACAAGAAUAUCUAGCAGUCUUCAGAUUGGCAGCUGGCUUGCCAGUUUUGUGUGAAUUUUCUCAC